AUGUCCGAGAGAACGUGUAGGAUUUGCCGUGGUGAGGCAACUCCUAGUCAGCCACUUUUACACCCUUGUAAGUGCCGUGGAUCUAUUAAAUAUACACAUCAAGACUGUUUGCUUGAAUGGUUGAAGCACUCCAAUAAAUCCACCUCUAAAUGUGACAUUUGUAACACCCCAUAUAAAUUCAUAACCAUUUACGAUCCAGACAUGCCGGAUAGAAUUCCAGCCAAGUUUAUAUGGGAGAAGUUCGUGCUGAUGGUAUCUGGAACGGUGAUAAGAGUGAUGUCCGUGUUAUUGUAUACUAUAUGUAUCUUUGUGCAGAUACCCAUAUAUUGGAAAUUCAUUGGGAGGAUAUAUACGUGGGCAAUCGACGGACAUUUACCUCAGGCGAACCCAAGCUUUUUCGAUGCUUUGCUAUUUGGAGAGUUUGAAUUCACAGAAGCUGUAGCUUCAAUGGUAGAUCGGGCAUACUGGGAUAUCUUGUAUUUUAAGGUAUCGAAGUUUUUCGAAUAUACAUAUGCCCCAGGGCUUCGGUAUGUUUUAAUUUGCAUUAUCAGCCAUAUCGCAUUAUUUAUUGAACAUGAAUGGGUUGUCAGAGACGAGGGGUUCAAUAAAUUGUUGUUGAAAGAAGUAGGUAAAGAACCAAGGGUUAAGUUGAUGGAAGUCUUGGAACAAGCCUUAACAGCCAUGGAAAACGAACAACAGACUGGAGGGCGCCAAGGAGGUGCAGGUGCAAAUAACGAAGUCAAUGCUGAAAUGAUGGCAAGAGCUUUAAGAGACUUAGAGCAAGGCAGACAAAAUGGGAACGGAGUCCCAGAGGAGGGAUUAAGACGGUUCAUUGAAGAACAAAGAGGUGCAAAUGCCAAUGUCAAUGAUGCUAAUCUAAAUUGGAAUAGAUUUGAGCAACAGAGACCUGAAGUUCGUGAGGGUGAAAAUGACCCUCUCCUUCCUAGAGGAGAUGAAGUCGCUCAGGACUUUGCUUUUAAUUUUGGAGAUAAUGAUCUAGAUGCUCUGGACAAUGAUGACAUUGCAGAUGAUGUUGUUCCUGAAGUGCAACCGCAUGCUAGAGCUAGAUUUGUACCACAUGCUCCGAGAAUUAAUCUAUUUGAAAAUGAGGACGAUGAUGAUGAUGAAGAUGAAGAUGAUGAAGAUGAGAAUAAUGCAGACAUAGAUGGAAUUGCUGCAGCAGCUGACGCUGAAGCAGAUGCUGAAGCUGCCGAAGCUGCUGCAGCUGGGAAUGGCGACAUCCUUGAUAUCCUUGGCAUAAAUCUUAAUAAUCUUCGUACUCCUAUCAUGCUCAUGAUUGUUGGCAAUUCGAUAAUAUCAGUAUACCUUUUUGUUGCAUAUCUCAUACCACAUAUGAUUGGAAAUUUCGUAACUAGUGCAUUAGGCUAUGUGUUUAGAAUUACUGGAUCUAAGGUAGUGGGAUAUAUUCCUGAAGUUAUCAUCUCAUUUAUUUCUUCAACUGUCCCAUCUUAUAUCGAGUCAAUUUGCCAAUUUCAUCCAUUUGUGACUACCUUUACUAGAUUCCUAUUUACAGGAGUAAUUCAACCUAUAAUUGUAAUAAUAGAUCAUUUAUUUGAUCCACAAUUCAUGUAUCCUGCUGUUAUGGAAAGGUCUAUUCUUGUGACUAUUGGAUAUUGUGUAUUAUCACUUGUUAUUUAUAAGUUAAUGAAGAGCAUUGCAUCGGGAAGUAACAAAAAGCCGGUUAUGGGUACUCCUCGAAAGAUAUAUAAAUUAUUAUUCGAAAUCUCUUCUACCACUAAAGUGUUCAUUGUUUUUGCAAUCGAAAUCUUUAUUUUCCCCGUAUAUUGUGGAUGGUUAUUGGAUUUUUGCUUGGCACCUGUCUUGCUUGAUAGGUUCACUGCUCCAAACGGAGUGGACAUUGCAUCCAUUCUUGCAACUUCGUUAUUACAUUCAGUGCCAUUCCUUGAUGAUACUGCCUUUGGGAAAAUAAUGUUAUACUGGGUAAGUGGUACAUUAUACAUGUUAUUUUUUGCAUUAUUUGUCGGCAUGGUUAGAGAUAAAAUCUUGCGCCCGGGUGUAUUGUUCUUCAUAAGAUCGCCAGAUGAUCCAAACGCAAGAUUGAUUCACGAUGCUUUAGUCAAACCAUUGUCUCUCCAGUUGUCUAGAAUAUAUUUGAGUGCAAAAGUUUACACAGGAUUCAUCUUGGUUGGCAUAGGUGGAGUAACAUGGCUUUUGAGAUACUGUUUCCAAGAAGCCAACUAUAAUGUCGUAUUGCCGCUUCAGAUACCCUAUGACUUCAAGUCAUUGGCAAUCUACUUUGUUCUUAUUGGCCUGUUACACGAUAAAGAUUUAUAUAUUAGAUAUUCAAAGUUGUAUUGGGGAAAAGUGUUCGAAAUAUCUACUCAUAAUUUAAGAUUAUCUCAUUUUAUAAUAGGAAAGUUGGUUCCACAAGAGAGAGGCUUCAUUGCUUAUAGGAAUGUUUGGGAGCAAAUUUUAGGAAGAUCAUUACCUGAUUAUUCUAAACCAGUGACAUAUAGAGACGCUCUAAAGAAUUUCCAAGAAGACAAGGAUCUCAAGGCAUGUUUUGUACCAGAUGGUAAUUAUGUUAGAGUCCCGGACAAUGAUACAGUGAGCAGAAAGUAUAUUAAAAAGUUGUUUGUUGCAGUUACUAAAGAUGACAAGUUGUUGUCUCAAAAGCAACCACAACUGGAACAAGACCAAGAAGACAACCCUGAUGAUGAUUCCACCGAUGAUGAAAUGACAACAAACAACGCUUAUACUAUUGUGUAUCGUCCCCCAAACUUCAAAAUGCGUUGCUUCGGGUUGAUAGUGAUGUUGUGGGUGUUUGCUGUUCUUUUAAUUCUCAUUAUUGCGUUUACAUCUUUGUUAUUGGGAAGACCAAUCGUUAGAGCUUUCUACAUUAUAGUAGAUGUAUUAGGAAGCUCUGCCUCGCAGAAUUUUGAUUUUAGAUUGGCUGACUUAAAAAGUUUGCUAGUCGGAUUUAACGUUCAAUUGGUAUUGUUGAGACUAUGGGAUAAGGCUCAGAAUAAUAAUGAUGGCAAUGAGGUAUUACGUGAUGCUAGAAGAGGAAUGGGUGCAGGUGAACAGCAAGAUGUUGGCGGAGCUGCUGUUGAAGGAGGGAACAUCCCUGGAGUGGGAAGAAUAGGCGGAUUUCUUAAUUUCAAUCCUCUUAAUUUUGCAGACGCUGCUGGUAACAACAAUAUUGCAGCUAGAGUAGUUCAAUUUAUUGCCGUUGCACUGGUACAUAUUGUAACAUUCAGUCUUUGGAUGCUUUGGAUUGGAUCAAUCCACAAAAUUUGUAUUGAUUUACCUAUCCGUGCAUUCAUAUUCAAAAACGGUGAACCACAGAGCUAUAUCCAAUCUGUCAGAUUCACUAUUAAUCUGUUCAAAAAUGAGAUUUUAAUUUCCAAUCUCUCAAUUGUUAUCCAUCUCUUUGUCAGUAUGUUUACAGUACUCCCAUUCUGCAAGAUUCAAUUCAAAUUCAUGAGAGAUGUCAUUGCGGGAGGUCCACACAUAAAUGAAGCUUCAUACCUUUGGAAAAAGAACAUAAAACCAGUUUGCAUCAAUAUUUUAUUGACAUUUCCUACCAUUGUGGCAAUUUUAUGUGAAAUUGUUUGGAAAUUUGAUGACCAAACUCAGAAAUUAUACAUUCAUCCGUACUUAUCUUCAUUGAACUUACUUGGAUUUAUUAUUUACAGGUUUGUUUCGGGAGUUAUGAGAUUGUUGAAAAAGAUUAACAUUAAGGUCAAGAAUGAGAAGUAUGUUAAGGGGAAGGCUAUAGAAAAUUUUGGUGAUGAAGAUUAA